AUGGCUCUCGUCGACGGGGUUCCUGUCGCCAUGGCGCCGCCUCCGGGCUAUGUCGUCGACUUCGAACACCCUCACAGACAGUCCAUGGUGUCGACAUAUGCCAUCUUUGGCGUGGGAAAUGUCCUCUCUAUCCUAUUCUUGGGCCAGCGACUCUUUGUGAAAGCGACGGUUCGGCACAAGUUGGGAAUUGACGAUGUCUGUGUUCUGUUAGCAUGGGUGGCCUCGGUUGCCAUUCAAUCCAUGAUCGUCCAAGGAUAUUCGGACGGAUACAUCGGCAUCCAUCUCUGGGAGCUUCCUUUACCCAAGUUCGUCCUCUUCCUCAAGAAAGGAUUGUACAUAUAUCCCAUCAUAUACGCGUUGCCCCCCGGCUUCUCCAAGACUGCCCUACUGAUCUUCUACCUGCAACUUGGAAAUCGGCAGCAAUGGUACCAGAUAUCGAUCUGGGUCACCAUGGCCGUUGUCAUUGGAUCCAGCAUCGGCAUUCUCUUCGGCAAUAUCUUCGCCUGCAGCCCGAUCUCCAAGUUUUGGGACUUGACUCUCACCACCGGCACUUGCAUCAACCGCUUAGCCUUGUACAAGGCCACGGCGAUCUUUGGAAUCAUCACCGAUAUCAUGAUCAUCGGCAUCCCGAUUCCCAUGGUUGUGGGACUUCAUAUCAGUCGGAAGAAGAAAGCAGGUCUUCUUUUCAUGUUUACCAUCGGUUCAGCGACUGUUGUGACAUCUAUUGUCCGCCUGGUCAUCCUGAUCCAGAGCUUCUCAACCGCUGACCAGCCGUGGAGCGGCGGUCCUGUUACGUUGUGGAUCUGUGUCGAAGCCAAUCUCUUGAUCAUGUGUGCCUGCUUACCUACAUUGCGCCAAUUCAUGAGCGUAGUCACGCCCAAAUUGCUGAGCAGCGGACACGACCAGGAGUCGAAACCGAGCGAGUACAAAUUACAUGCAUCGGGAGGCGCAGGCAACGGCAGCGCCCUCUUCAGCGCAAAACGUCGACAAUAUCAGGGAUUUGGUCACGGCACCGACUAUCAUAUGGAUACGCUCAUUGAAGGGGCCAAUUCGUCCAACACCCACCACUCGGUCAAGCAUACCGAUGGUGGUGACGGACUCAACGAUGAUGACAGCGAGAAGGCCAUCGUGCAGACCAAGGCGGUGGAGAUUCACUAUGAACCACGACCACGGCCGCUGUGA